AUGGCAAAGCUUUUCGAGGAGGUGGUGAGUGGAAACGUGGGGCCGGCCUCCACUGCGGACAUCAUCAUCCACUUCGGGCCUCCAAGUGGCCUGGACCACCCUCCGCAGCUCGCAACACCGCCUGUUGCUGAGGUGUCUGAACUGAAGGAGGUCAAGCCCCGUGAGCAUUUGGAUCAUUCGAAGGUGAUCUCUAUGCUGCUGACCGACACAGGGCUAGUUCGGAGGGAACCGCAGCCGCAUCACAGAAGCAUCGUGAAAUGUGAGACGACUCAGGGAGCAAUCACGAUUGAACUGGAUUCCAUGCAGUCUCCACAAGGAGCGCGGAGGUUGCUGGAUUUGGUUCGUGACGGCUUCUUCUCCGACCAAGCGAUUUUCAAAGCGGUGAGAGGCUUUGUGGCACAGUUCGGCAUCAGCGACAACAGCGACAUGAAUGAAAAGUGGUCGCCGACUAUUCCAGAUGAUGAGAGGACACAAGGAAGUUUCAUUCCGAAAGGCACUGUUUUCCUGGCUGCAGAUCGGCCCAACGCUAGAAGCACGCAAGUUGCUGUGGCACUGGCGGAUCUCUCGCUGACGGAGCACGGACGGAGGCCCAUCGCCCCUUGGGAGACACCGAUCGGCCGGGUCGAUUUGGCUGAUCUGCCUGUGCUUGAUCGUCUCUUCACCGGUUAUGCGGAUGGCGUGGACGAGAAGGAGCUACUUCGGAACGGGAAUUCCUACGCGCGGGAGUUUUACCCGCGUCUGGACUUUGUCAAGCACUGCAACGUUCCAGGAGAUCCAGUAUCUGAGCUGGCCAGCCUGAGGGCCUCCCCUUCGAGUGGAGUGAUGGGCUGUGGCACAUCGCCCGGUGGAUUUCAGCAAGCAAGUCCGAGGCCUGGAUUGGCCAUGCACUCCAGCCCUAUGUCGCCGAACAGGACAACGCGCAGUGGGUGGAUGCACGGUGCAGGAAAUGAGCAGAUGCACGUGGCUGGCCAGAUGCCCCUGCGAUGUCACAGCCUGCUGCUUCGCACACAGCCAGUGUUGCUCGACCGACUUCUAGCACAGCAGGAGUGCAGGUUCGGCCAUGCCAUGGCAGACGUCCAGGGCAGUGUUGCCACCACCAGUCCGACAGUUUCGGCACAGUUCGGAGGUUAUCCGUCGAGCACAGGCAGUUCCACUAGUGCUGAGCCUCGGGAGCCCCCGCCCGCCUCCGCGGCGGCGGCUGCGGCGGCCGAGGCGGCAGCGGCGGCGGCCUGGCCUGACAAGGACUUCGCCGUCCUCCCGGAUCCGGUCCAAGAGCCUGCAGAGGCGGUCUGCGACGUUCAAGACCCGGUUCAGGAUCAGGUUCAAGACCAGGGCAGUGUGGACGCCUCCUCCGCGCGUGGCGCCUCCGUCGACCGCUGCUCUGGGGCGCCGGCACAGGUGGAGGCCGUGAACUCUCCGCGGACGGCCACGGCAGGCCCAGCGCCGGAAAAGCCGGUCGAGGUGACAGUGGACGAUGAGCCCGAGGUCUUCCUCGAAAUGAUCAGAUUCGUCUACUUAAACACCUGCCAUGUGGAUCAGUCCAACGUGAAGGCUUUGCUGCACAUUGCGGACAAGUACUGCAUCGAGGACAUUGUAAAGCACUGCUUGCAGUGGAUGCAAGACCAAUUCACAGCCGGCCUCUUCUACCACAUGCUUACCGUGAAAAUGUCCAACGAGCAUUUCGGUAGGCUGCUGUGGAACAGCUUAUUGAAGGCGCUGAGGAGUCGACGUCAUUUCUCAUUGGUCACAGCAGAUGCCGAAGAGCACUUUGAGAAGCUGCCAGUGUCCUUCGUGGAAGCUUUGCUCAGCUCCGACGAGCUGCCCGUCGUCAGCGAGAUCGAGGUCAUCCACCUGAUCGCUCGUUGGGCCAAGGGCGCCCUGGCACAGCAGGAGCGGAAAAUGGGCUCCCAUGAUGACGAGCUAGAGAGAAACUCCCACGAGGAUGGCGACGGACAUUAUCCGGAGGACGAGACCCACGAUGGAUAUUCCGACGUGGGCAGUGGGCAGCAGAUGGGUGCUCCUGUGGGCAGCGAU